AUGACACCAUCGGAUCGUUUAGAGAAAUCAGUUAACUGCAAGAUCUCAACGCAAGGAAUUAAAAUCUUAGUGAAAGCCUUUCGAGAUAACGAUUCUGUGGACGAAGAAUCCAUUCAAUACGAACUCUAUAUGAAUAGGUUUGAAGGAAUGAUGAAAAUUGUAUGCAUUAGUGAAGAGCAACUGUUUGUCGUGAGAUUCGUUGAAAGACCCGAUUUUAAGGCUAGUUUGAAACAAGUUAAAGGUCUUCACAAUCAAAAUCAGAAAUCAGAGCACAAGAUCUCUGAGGACGCGAUUAUCAACGCUAUAAUAAACACAAUCACCAAAACUGUUGUCGAUUUGUGUCUUUCUGGUUAUCAGGACUUCCCUCCAUUCAAACGAUCCGAUCAACAAAACAAUAUUGGUUUAAAUAAAUCGUCGCCCCAAAAAUCAAUUGAACGCAAACUGUUUGUCAAAGUUGUCAAAGCAAAUGGUCUGACUGUUAAUAACAAAGGUAUACACUCGCCGUACUGUGUGAUAGAGGUGGACGAGCCCUCACAACAGGCCCACACCUCCACCAUCAAGAAUACGUCGAGUCCUUCGCCCCAAAAAUCAAUUGAACGCAAACUGUUUGUCAAAGUUGUCAAAGCAAAUGGUCUGACUGUUAAUAACAAAGAUAAAUUCUUGGGUUUAGGAAUAGUAAGUGUCGAGGAAUUGAAACGAAAUCCCAGUCAGAAUCAAGUGUUGAAACUACAGUCGCGGCCGUUAGAGACCGGACAACAAAUAUCUGGAUCACUAUCGGUGGAAUUCCUAUUCAUCGAACACAGUAGCGAUUCUUCUGACUGUAAUUCCUCUAACUCUACACCACUCACGGGUUCGCCGAAGAAUACAGGCCUCGAAUACAUUGAACAGAAUAUACUUAAGCCAAACGGAUCUGUUAUGAAGAAUAACGAAGUGCCGAUUAUAGUGAGCAGUGAUGCGGACGAGGAGUGCAGCCAAUUAGAGACAAUACCCCAUACAGUGUUGGAUGUGAUUGAAGAGCAAAAUAAUAGUUGUGCGACUGUUUCGCAAACUAUGUCUUCGACACUUAACGUUCUGUUGCCAAGGCUAGCUUUGGGUAAAGAGCACUCUGUGUUAGGAAUUGAUAGCAAUAGCGAUAGCAAUGAUAGCGAUGAGAGCGAUGCUCGCAGUGAUGGCAGUGAUGCCAGCGAUCACACUAUCACUGAUCCCCAAAACAUUUAUAUAAUGGAAGAUUUACUCCAAAAUGAUAGUCAAGCAUCGGACAACGGCGGGGGCAGUGAGGGGUACGGGACGGGUCGGGGCACACCUGACGAGCCGUCCAUUAAUGAGGGAAGUUUUGUCUCAUCAAACAACUCGACUGUUGAACACAAGAACAGUCGGUCGCGCACUAAAGAGCCCCGAUCUAUCAUAAAGGCAAUCAGGAAGAGGUUUAGUUUCAAUAAGAAUCGGUCGAAAUCGAUGGAAAUCCGCACGAAUAAGGAGUGCGAGGGAACCGGCAGUCGUGACAGCUCUGUCAGUAGCGCCACAUCGAGUAGAGCCCGAUCUAUGCCCGGCUCGAGAGAGCCGUCGGCGCCCAAAGACGUGUUGCAUAAUUUGGCCGCUCGUGAGGAAAGACAUAAAACUAAUAGCUAUAGUAAUAUAAGCGAUAUAAGCGGUUACUCUACCCGUACUUUCAUACACGAAAAGUCGACACUUAUUGUGGAGGCGAAUGAAAGCGGAUCUCUUAAAUCCAUCACAUGUCAGGUCUGUGACAAACUUUUCUCAAGAAGACCAGGAAAGCAAGGCUAUCAGUGCAGAGGUAAUCAUAAAACACUAAACGACAGCAUUGAGAACAAAGACUCAAUUUUGGUCACAAAUCACGACAAAAGCGGAAACAAUAGCACAGAUGCAAACAAUGAGACCAUUGAUUACCGAAAGGUUAUCAAACAAUUGCCGACUACUAUAAGCUUGAAACAUGUUAAAGAAUCGAUGGAUAAGGACACGGCGUGUUGUAUGUUAGGCCAGAUAGCGGGUGAUAAGGGCUAUCACUGCCACGCGAUGUUCUAUGGCUUCAAUAUAUUGGAGCGAAACACGAAUCGCGCCCACAAUCAGAAACUACCCUUUUAUGGAAGAGAUAAAAUGCCUCAUUUUGGCGAAAAAUUGAUGCUUAAAUUUGAGAAAUGUUUGACCAAAAAGGGCCACAUUUUCAAUAAGUGCUGUCAUUGGGCGGCCAAUGAUAGGCAGAAUUUGUUGAAUCCUCAAUACAAUACAUUACAACACUAUUUAUAUAAUCGCCAACAACGUGGUGGAAAUUUGUAGCUAAAUUUUAAGUCAAUCAUGUAUUUAACCACACAAUUAAAAUCAUUUUUAUAUAAAUCUUAAUUAACGUUAAUAUAAACAG